AUGGCGUUUCGUAAGAAGAGCACCAAGAACCCCCCAGUCCUGAGUCACGAAUUCAUCCUGCAGAAUCAUGCGGACCUCGUCGCCUGUGUGGGGAUGUUCUUCGUGCUGGGGCUUAUGUUCGAGGGAACAGCUGAAGCGUCUAUCGUUUUUAUUACUCUUCAGCACAGUGUUACCUUUCCUGCAGCAGAAGAACGAGCCACAGAAUCAAAGUUCCUUUACUAUUAUGGCAUCAAAGAUUUGGCCACGGUUUUCUUCUACAUGCUAGUGGCAAUCAUCAUUCACGCCACAAUUCAGGAGUAUGUGUUGGAUAAAAUUAACAGGCGAAUGCAGUUCCCCAAAGCGAAACAAAGCAAAUUUAAUGAAUCUGGCCAGUUUAGUGUAUUCUACCUUGUUUCUUGUAUUUGGGGCACAUUCAUUCUAAUUUCUGAAAACUGUCUGUCAGACCCAACUCUCUUAUGGAGGGCUCAUCCCCAUAAUAUGAUGACAUUUCAAAUGAAGUUUUUCUACAUAUCACAAUUGGCUUACUGGUUUCAUGCCUUUCCCGAACUCUAUUUCCAGAGAACCAAAAAGCAAGAUAUCCCUCGUCAACUUGUCUACAUCGGUCUUCACCUCUUUCACAUUGCUGGAGCUUACCUCUUGUACUUGAAUCAUCUGGGACUUGUUCUUUUGAUGAUGCACUACUUUGUUGAAUUACUUUCCCACAUUUGUGACCUGUUUUAUUUUAGUGAUGAAAAGUACCAGAAAGAGUUUUCUCUGUGGGCAAUUGUGUUUAUUUUGGGUCGACUUGUGACUUUAAUUGUUUCAGUAGUGACUGUGGGCUUUCACCUGGCCGGAGGGCAGAAUCAGAAUCCGGAUGCCAUUACUGGAAACGUAAACGUGUUGGCAGCUAAAAUUGCUGUUUUGUCAUCCAGUUGCACCAUCCAAGCAUACAUAACAUGGAAUUUAUUUAAUGUCCAGCUUCAAAGGUGGAUGGAAGAAGACACUGCUCUUCAGGCCCCAAGUGUGAAGAAGAAACGGACUAAAGGGAGGUCUUCUAGAAAAGGAACAGAAAAUGGUGUGGCAACUUCAAAUAGAGUAGACUCUCCCCAUAAAAGGAAAGAGAAAUCUUCAUAAUGAAUUACAAGCUAGUUGAUGACUGUCCCCAAAGAAGUCUGCUCUUUACUAUAAGAUAU